CUCCCGGCUCGGCGCAGACCCCCCAUCCCCACCCCCGUGGGAACGUUCGGAGCCUGCACUCCUCAGACCUUCUCCUCGUUUCUUCCCUCACCUCAGCCCCCGCUCCCCGCCCUCUUCCCGGCCCUGGGCGCCGGCCGACUGGUUCCUCCACCGCCCCCCGGCCGCGGGGAGGACAUGGCCGCGCACAGGCCGGUGGAAUGGAUCCAGGCCGUGGUCAACCGCUUCGACGAGCAGCUUCCGAUAAAAACAGGACAGCAGAACACACAUACCAAAGUCAGUACUGAACACAACAAGGAAUGUCUUAUCAAUAUUUCCAAAUACAAGUUUUCUUUGGUUAUAAGCGGCCUCACAACUAUCUUAAAGAAUGUUAACAAUAUGAGAAUAUUUGGAGAAGCUGCUGAAAAGAAUUUAUAUCUCUCUCAGUUGAUUAUAUUGGAUACACUGGAAAAAUGUCUUGCUGGGCAACCAAAGGACACAAUGAGAUUAGAUGAAACGAUGCUGGUCAAACAGUUGCUACCGGAAAUCUGCCAUUUUCUUCACACCUGUCGAGAAGGAAACCAACAUGCAGCUGAACUUCGGAAUUCAGCCUCUGGGGUGUUAUUUUCUCUCAGCUGCAACAACUUCAAUGCUGUCUUUAGUCGCAUUUCUACCAGGUUGCAGGAAUUAACUGUUUGUUCAGAAGAUAAUGUUGAUGUUCAUGAUAUAGAAUUGUUACAGUAUAUCAAUGUGGAUUGUGCGAAACUAAAACGACUCCUGAAGGAAACAGCAUUUAAAUUUAAAGCCCUAAAGAAAGUUGCCCAGUUAGCAGUUAUAAAUAGUUUGGAAAAGGCGUUUUGGAACUGGGUAGAAAAUUAUCCAGAUGAAUUUACAAAAUUAUACCAGAUUCCACAGACUGAUAUGGCUGAGUGUGCAGAAAAGCUGUUUGACUUGGUGGAUGGUUUUGCUGAAAGCACCAAACGUAAAGCAGCAGUUUGGCCACUACAAAUCAUUCUUCUCAUCUUGUGUCCAGAAAUAAUCCAGGAUAUAUCCAAGGAUGUGGUUGAUGAAAACAACAUGAAUAAGAAGUUGUUUCUGGAUAGCCUACGAAAAGCACUUGCUGGCCAUGGAGGAAGCAGGCAGCUGACAGAAAGUGCUGCAAUUGCUUGUGUCAAGCUGUGUAAAGCAAGUACUUAUAUCAACUGGGAAGACAACUCUGUCAUUUUCUUACUAGUUCAGUCUAUGGUGGUUGAUCUUAAGAACUUACUUUUUAAUCCAAGUAAACCAUUCUCAAGAGGCAGUCAGCCUGCAGAUGUGGAUCUAAUGAUUGACUGCCUUGUAUCCUGCUUUCGAAUAAGCCCUCACAACAACCAACAUUUUAAGAUCUGCCUGUCUCAGAAUUCCCCUUCUACAUUUCACUAUGUGUUGGUAAAUUCACUCCAUCGAAUUAUCACCAAUUCUGCAUUGGAUUGGUGGCCUAAGAUUGAUGCUGUGUAUUGUCACUCAGUUGAACUUCGAAAUAUGUUUGGUGAAACGCUUCAUAAAGCCGUGCAGGGUUGUGGAACACACCCAGCAAUACGGAUGGCACCGAGUCUUACAUUUAAAGAGAAAGUAACAAGCCUUAAAUUUAAAGAAAAACCUACAGACCUGGAGACAAGAAGUUAUAAAUACCUUCUCUUAUCCAUGGUGAAAUUGAUUCAUGCAGAUCCGAAGCUCCUGCUUUGUAAUCCAAGGAAACAGGGACCUGAAACCCAAGGCAGUACAGCAGAAUUAAUUACAGGACUUGUCCAACUGGUCCCACAGUCACACAUGCCAGAGAUCGCUCAGGAAGCAAUGGAGGCUUUGCUUGUUCUUCAUCAGCUAGAUAGCAUUGAUCUGUGGAAUCCUGAAGCUCCUGUAGAAACAUUUUGGGAGAUUAGCUCACAGAUGCUUUUUUACAUCUGCAAGAAAUUAACUAGCCAUCAAAUGCUUAGUAGCACAGAAAUUCUCAAAUGGUUGCGGGAAAUUUUGAUUUGCAGGAAUAAAUUUCUUCUUAAAAAUAAGCAGGCAGAUAGAAGUUCCUGCCAUUUCCUAUACCUUUAUGGGAUAGGAUGUGAUGUUCCUUCUAGUGGAAAUGCCAGUCAAAUGUCCAUGGAUCAUGAAGAGCUACUACGUACUUGUACUCCUGGAGCCUCUAUCCGGAAGGGAAAAGGAAACUCAUCCAUGGAUAGUGCUGCGGGGUGCAGUGGCACUCCACCAAUAUGCCGACAAGCCCAGACCAAACUAGAAGUGGCCCUGUACAUGUUUCUAUGGAGCCCUGACACUGAAGCUGUUUUGGUUGCCAUGUCCUGUUUCUGCCACCUCUGUGAGGAAGCAGAUAUCCGGUGUGGAGUGGAUGAAGUCUCGGUGCACAACUUUCUACCCAACUAUAACACAUUCAUGGAGUUUGCCUCUGUUAGCAACAUGAUGUCAACAGGAAGAGCAGCCCUUCAGAAAAGAGUGAUGGCACUGUUAAGGCGCAUUGAGCAUCCUACUGCAGGGAACACUGAGGCUUGGGAAGAUACACAUGCAAAAUGGGAACAAGCUACAAAACUGAUCCUCAACUACCCGAAAGCCAAAAUGGAAGAUGGCCAGGCUGCUGAAAGCCUUCACAAGACCAUCGUUAAGAGGCGAAUGUCUCAUGUGAGUGGAGGAGGCUCCAUAGAUUUGUCUGACACGGACUCCCUACAGGAAUGGAUCAACAUGACUGGCUUUCUUUGUGCCCUUGGGGGAGUAUGCCUGCAGCAGAGAAGCAGUUCUGGCCUGGCAACCUAUAGCCCACCCAUGGGCCCAGUCAGUGAACGUAAGGGUUCCAUGAUUUCAGUGAUGUCCUCAGAGGGAAACGCAGACACACCUGUCAGCAAAUUUAUGGAUCGGCUGCUAUCCUUAAUGGUGUGUAACCAUGAGAAAGUGGGACUUCAAAUACGGACCAAUGUUAAGGAUCUGGUGGGUCUAGAGUUGAGUCCUGCUCUGUAUCCAAUGCUAUUUAACAAAUUGAAGAAUACCAUCAGCAAGUUUUUUGACUCUCAAGGACAGGUUUUGUUGACUGAUACCAAUACUCAAUUCGUAGAGCAAACGAUAGCUAUAAUGAAGAAUUUACUAGAUAAUCAUACUGAAGGCAGCUCUGAACAUCUGGGGCAAGCUAGCAUUGAAACCAUGAUGUUAAAUCUAGUAAGAUAUGUUCGUGUGCUUGGGAACAUGGUCCAUGCAAUUCAAAUAAAAACAAAACUGUGUCAGUUGGUUGAAGUAAUGAUGGCAAGGAGAGACGACCUCUCAUUUUGUCAAGAGAUGAAAUUUAGGAAUAAGAUGGUAGAAUACCUGACAGACUGGGUUAUGGGAACCUCAAACCAAGCUGCAGAUGAUGAUGUAAAAUGUCUUACAAGAGAUUUGGAUCAGGCAAGCAUGGAAGCAGUGGUUUCGCUCCUGGCUGGUCUGCCUCUUCAGCCUGAGGAAGGAGAUGGUGUGGAAUUGAUGGAAGCCAAAUCACAGUUAUUUCUUAAAUAUUUCACAUUAUUUAUGAACCUUUUGAAUGACUGUAGUGAAGUUGAAGAUGAAAAUGCACAAACAGGCGGCAGGAAACGUGGCAUGUCUCGGAGGCUGGCAUCACUGAGGCACUGUACAGUGCUUGCAAUGUCUAACUUACUCAAUGCUAAUGUGGACAGUGGCCUCAUGCACUCCAUAGGUUUAGGGUAUCACAAAGAUCUCCAGACAAGAGCCACAUUUAUGGAAGUUUUGACAAAAAUCCUUCAACAAGGCACAGAAUUUGACACACUUGCGGAAACAGUAUUGGCAGAUCGGUUUGAGAGACUGGUUGAAUUGGUCACAAUGAUGGGUGAUCAGGGAGAGCUCCCAAUAGCUAUGGCCCUGGCCAAUGUGGUACCUUGUUCUCAGUGGGAUGAACUAGCUCGAGUUCUGGUUACGCUGUUUGAUUCUCGGCAUUUACUCUACCAGUUACUCUGGAACAUGUUUUCUAAGGAAGUAGAAUUGGCAGACUCCAUGCAGACUCUUUUCCGAGGCAACAGCUUGGCCAGUAAAAUAAUGACAUUCUGUUUUAAGGUAUAUGGUGCUACCUACCUACAAAAACUCCUGGAUCCUUUACUAAGAGUUGUGAUCACAUCCUCUGACUGGCAACAUGUUAGUUUUGAAGUGGAUCCUACCAGAUUAGAACAGUCAGAAAGCCUUGAAGAAAACCAGCGGAAUCUCCUUCAGAUGACUGAAAAGUUCUUCCAUGCCAUCAUCAGCUCUUCCUCAGAGUUUCCACCUCAGCUUCGAAGUGUGUGCCACUGUUUAUACCAGGCAACUUGCCACUCCCUACUGAAUAAAGCUACAGUAAAAGAAAAAAAGGAAAACAAAAAAUCAGUGGUUAGCCAGCGUUUUCCUCAGAACAGCAUCGGUGCAGUAGGAAGUGCCAUGUUCCUCAGAUUUAUCAAUCCUGCUAUUGUCUCACCCUAUGAAGCAGGGAUUUUAGAUAAAAAGCCACCACCUAGAAUCGAAAGGGGCUUGAAGUUAAUGUCAAAGAUACUUCAGAGUAUUGCCAAUCAUGUUCUCUUCACAAAAGAAGAGCAUAUGCGGCCUUUCAAUGAUUUUGUUAAAAGCAACUUUGAUGCCGCACGAAGGUUUUUCCUUGAUAUAGCGUCUGAUUGUCCCACAAGCGACGCGGUCAAUCAUAGUCUUUCCUUCAUCAGCGACGGCAACGUGCUUGCUUUGCAUCGUCUGCUCUGGAACAACCAAGAGAAGAUUGGCCAGUACCUUUCCAGCAAUAGGGAUCAUAAAGCUGUUGGAAGACGACCUUUUGAUAAGAUGGCAACACUCCUUGCGUACUUGGGUCCUCCAGAGCACAAACCCGUGGCAGACACCCACUGGUCCAGCCUUAACCUGACCAGUUCCAAGUUUGAAGAAUUCAUGACGAGGCACCAGGUACAUGAAAAAGAAGAGUUUAAGGCUUUGAAAACAUUAAGUAUUUUCUACCAAGCUGGGACCUCCAAAGCUGGGAAUCCUAUUUUUUAUUAUGUUGCACGAAGGUUCAAAACUGGCCAAAUCAAUGGUGACCUGCUGAUAUACCAUGUCUUGCUGACUUUAAAGCCAUAUUAUGCAAAGCCAUAUGAAAUUGUAGUGGACCUUACCCACACUGGGCCUAGUAAUCGCUUUAAAACGGACUUUCUCUCCAAGUGGUUUGUUGUUUUUCCUGGCUUUGCGUAUGACAAUGUCUCUGCAGUCUAUGUCUAUAACUGUAACUCCUGGGUCAGGGAGUACACCAAGUAUCAUGAGCGGCUGCUGACUGGCCUCAAAGGCAGCAAAAGGCUCAUUUUCAUAGACUGUCCUGGGAAGUUGGCUGAGCACGUAGAACAUGAACAACAGAAGCUCCCCGCUGCCACCUUGGCUUUAGAAGAGGACCUGAAGGUUUUCCACAAUGCUCUCAAGCUAGCUCACAAAGACACCAAAGUUUCUAUUAAAGUUGGUUCUACUGCUGUUCAGGUAACCUCUGCAGAACGAACAAAAGUCCUAGGACAAUCAGUCUUUCUAAACGAUAUAUAUUAUGCCUCGGAAAUUGAAGAGAUCUGUCUAGUGGAUGAGAACCAGUUCACCUUAACCAUUGCAAACCAGGGCACACCACUCACCUUCAUGCACCAGGAGUGUGAAGCCAUUGUCCAGUCCAUCAUUCACAUCCGGACCCGUUGGGAAUUGUCACAGCCUGACUCCAUCCCCCAGCACACCAAGAUUCGCCCAAAAGAUGUCCCUGGGACACUGCUUAAUAUCGCAUUACUUAAUUUGGGGAGCUCAGACCCCAGUUUACGGUCAGCUGCCUAUAACCUUCUGUGUGCCUUAACUUGUACCUUUAAUUUGAAAAUCGAGGGCCAGUUACUAGAGACAUCAGGUUUAUGCAUCCCUGCCAACAACACCCUCUUUAUUGUCUCUAUUAGUAAGACAUUGGCAGCCAAUGAGCCACACCUCACCUUAGAAUUUCUGGAAGAAUGCAUUUCUGGAUUUAGCAAAUCUAGUAUUGAAUUGAAGCACCUGUGUUUGGAAUACAUGACUCCAUGGCUGUCCAAUCUAGUCCGUUUUUGUAAGCACAAUGAUGAUGCUAAACGACAGAGAGUUACUGCUAUUCUUGAUAAGCUGAUAACUAUGACCAUAAAUGAGAAACAGAUGUACCCUUCUAUUCAAGCAAAAAUAUGGGGGAGCCUUGGGCAGAUUACAGAUCUCCUUGAUGUUGUACUAGACAGUUUCAUCAAAACCAGUGCUACAGGUGGCUUGGGAUCAAUAAAAGCUGAGGUGAUGGCAGAUACAGCUGUAGCCUUGGCUUCUGGAAAUGUGAAAUUGGUUUCAAGCAAGGUUAUCGGAAGGAUGUGCAAAAUAAUAGACAAGACAUGCUUAUCUCCGACUCCUACCUUAGAGCAGCAUCUUAUGUGGGACGAUAUUGCUAUUUUAGCACGCUACAUGCUGAUGCUGUCCUUCAACAAUUCACUUGAUGUGGCUGCCCAUCUCCCCUAUCUCUUCCAUGUUGUUACUUUCUUAGUAGCAACAGGCCCACUGUCCCUGAGAGCUUCCACACAUGGAUUGGUCAUUAAUAUCAUUCACUCUCUGUGCACUUGUUCACAGCUUCAUUUUAGUGAAGAGACCAAGCAAGUUUUGAGACUCAGUUUGACGGAGUUCUCGUUACCCAAAUUUUACUUGCUGUUUGGCAUUAGCAAAGUCAAAUCAGCUGCUGUCAUCGCCUUCCGAUCCAGUUACCGGGACAGAUCAUUCUCUCCUGGUUCCUAUGAGAGGGAGACUUUUGCUUUAACAUCCUUGGAAACAGUCACAGAAGCUUUGUUGGAGAUCAUGGAGGCAUGUAUGAGAGAUAUUCCAACUUGCAAGUGGCUGGACCAGUGGACAGAAUUAGCACAAAGAUUUGCAUUCCAGUAUAAUCCAUCCCUGCAACCAAGAGCUCUUGUUGUCUUUGGCUGUAUUAGCAAACGCAUAUCUCAUGGGCAGAUAAAGCAGAUUAUCCGUAUUCUUAGCAAGGCACUGGAAAGUUGUUUAAAAGGACCUGAUACUUACAACAGUCAAGUUCUGAUAGAAGCUACAGUAAUAGCAUUAACCAAAUUACAGCCACUUCUCAAUAAGGAUUCCCCUUUGCACAAAGCUCUUUUUUGGGUAGCUGUGGCUGUCCUGCAGCUUGAUGAGGUCAAUUUGUACUCAGCAGGCACUGCACUUCUUGAACAAAAUCUGCACACCUUAGACAGUCUCCGGAUAUUCAAUGACAAGAGUCCAGAGGAAGUAUUUAUGGCAAUUCGGAAUCCUCUGGAAUGGCACUGCAAGCAAAUGGAUCAUUUUGUUGGACUCAAUUUCAACUCUAACUUUAACUUCGCGCUGGUUGGACACCUCUUAAAAGGGUACAGGCAUCCUUCACCUGCCAUUGUUGCGAGAACAGUCAGGAUUUUGCAUACACUGCUAACUCUGGUUAACAAACACAGAAAUUGUGACAAAUUUGAAGUGAAUACCCAGAGUGUGGCUUAUUUAGCAGCUUUACUCACAGUGUCUGAGGAAGUUCGAAGUCGCUGCAGCCUAAAACAUAGAAAGUCACUUCUUCUUACUGACAUUUCAAUGGAAAAUGUUCCUAUGGAUACAUAUCCCAUUCAUCAUGGUGACCCUAGCUAUAGGACACUGAAGGAGAAUCAGCCGUGGUCCUCUCCCAAAGGUUCUGAAGGGUACCUUGCAGCCACCUAUCCAACUGUGGGCCAGACCAGUCCUCGAGCUAGGAAAUCCAUGAGUUUAGAUAUGGGGCAGCCUUCCCAGGCCAACACUAAGAAGUUACUAGGAACAAGGAAAAGUUUUGAUCACUUGAUAUCAGAUACAAAAGCUCCUAAAAGGCAAGAAAUGGAAUCAGGGAUCACAACACCUCCCAAAAUGAGGAGAGUAGCAGAAACUGAUUAUGAAAUGGAAACUCAGAGGAUUUCCUCAUCACAGCAGCACCCACAUUUACGUAAAGUUUCAGUGUCUGAAUCGAAUGUUCUCUUGGAUGAAGAAGUACUUACUGAUCCGAAAAUCCAAGCACUUCUUCUUACUGUACUAGCUACACUAGUAAAAUAUACCACAGAUGAGUUUGAUCAACGAAUUCUUUACGAAUACUUAGCAGAAGCCAGUGUUGUUUUCCCAAAAGUUUUUCCUGUUGUGCACAAUCUGUUGGAUUCUAAGAUCAAUACUCUGUUGUCAUUGUGCCAAGAUCCAAAUUUGUUAAAUCCAAUCCAUGGAAUUGUGCAGAGUGUGGUGUACCAUGAAGAAUCGCCACCACAAUACCAAACAUCUUACUUGCAAAGUUUUGGUUUUAAUGGCUUGUGGCGGUUUGCAGGACCCUUUUCAAAGCAAACACAAAUCCCAGACUAUGCUGAGCUUAUUGUUAAGUUUCUUGAUGCCUUGAUUGACACGUAUUUGCCUGGAAUUGAUGAAGAAACCAGUGAGGAGUCCCUCCUGACACCCACAUCUCCUUAUCCUCCUGCAGUACAGAGCCAGCUUAGUAUUACUGCUAAUCUUAACCUUUCUAAUUCCAUGACCUCACUUGCAACUUCCCAGCAUUCCCCAGGAAUCGACAAGGAAAACGUUGAACUCUCCCCCACCACUGGCCACUGUAACAGUGGACGAACUCGGCAUGGAUCCGCAAGCCAAGUGCAGAAGCAGAGAAGUGCUGGCAGUUUCAAACGUAAUAGCAUUAAGAAGAUCAUGUGAAGCUUGCUUUCUUUCUUUUUUCAAACAGGCUUAACAUACAUGGGCUCCUCACUAGUGACCCCUUCCCCAGCCUCGGCCCAUCACCACCAGUUGUGAUGCUGCGCUUCAUGUUUUAUAACAAACUCAUCCAGUCUGCCAUGUUGCCAGAUGAUCAACUCUUGGAAGCAUUGCCUAAAUUUAAUGCUGCUCUUUCUUUAACUUUUUUUCUUCUACUUUUGCUGUGUGUCUGGUUUAAGCACGUAUUCGGAACAACUACAAAGAAAGAAAGAGGUUAGGAAACUCAAACUGAGAACAUCUCAAUUGUGAGAGAGGAU